AUGACUUUCAUUACGAGACGUUUGGAGAGUCCCAGGCCAGAUGGAAAAGUCUCAAAAAACCCCAGCUGUGUGAGAGUGGACAGCUGUGUGAGAGUGGACGGCUGUGUGAGAGUGGACGGCUGUGUGAGAGUGGACAGCUGUGUGAGAGUGGACAGCUGUGUGAGAGUGGACGGCUGUGUGAGAGUGGACAGCUGUGUGAGAGUGGACAGCUGUGUGAGAGUGGACGGCUGUGUGAGAGUGGACAGCUGUGUGAGAGUGGACAGCUGUGUGAGUGGACGGCUGUGUGAGAGUGGACGGCUGUGUGAGAGUGGACAGCUGUGUGAGAGUGGACGGCUGUGUGAGAGUGGACAGCUGUGUGAGAGUGGACAGCUGUGUGAGAGUGGACAGCUGUGUGAGAGUGGACGGCUGUGUGAGAGUGGACAGCUGUGUGAGAGUGGACGGCUGUGUGAGAGUGGACAGCUGUGUGAGAGUGGACGGCUGUGUGAGAGUGGACAGCUGUGUGAGAGUGGACAGCUGUUGGACGGCUGUGUGAGAGUGGACGGCUGUGUGAGAGUGGACGGCUGUGUGAGAGUGGACGGCUGUGUGAGAGUGGACAGCUGUGUGAGAGUGGACGGCUGUGUGAGAGUGGACGGCUGUGUGAGAGUGGACGGCUGUGUGAGAGUGGACGGCUGUGUGAGAGUGGACAGCUGUGUGAGAGUGGACAGCUGUGUGAGAGUGGACGGCUGUGUGAGAGUGGACAGCUGUGUGAGAGUGGACAGCUGUGUGAGAGUGGACGGCUGUGUGAGAGUGGACGGCUGUGUGAGAGUGGACAGCUGUGUGAGAGUGGACGGCUGUGUGAGAGUGGACAGCUGUGUGAGUGGACGGCUGUGUGAGAGUGGACAGCUGUGUGAGAGUGGACAGCUGUGUGAGAGUGGACGGCUGUGUGAGAGUGGACGGCUGUGUGAGAGUGGACGGCUGUGUGAGAGUGGACAGCUGUGUGAGAGUGGACAGCUGUGUGAGAGUGGACGCUGUGUGAGAGUGGACGGCUGUGUGAGAGUGGACGGCUGUGUGAGAGUGGACGGCUGUGUGAGAGUGGACAGCUGUGUGAGAGUGGACGGCUGUGUGAGAGUGGACAGCUGUGUGAGAGUGGACAGCUGUGUGAGAGUGGACGGCUGUGUGAGAGUGGACAGCUGUGUGAGUGGACGCUGUGUGAGAGUGGACAGCUGUGUGAGAGUGGACAGCUGUGUGAGAGUGGACGGCUGUGUGAGAGUGGACGGCUGUGUGAGAGUGGACGGCUGUGUGAGAGUGGACGGCUGUGUGAGAGUGGACGGCUGUGUGAGAGUGGACGGCUGUGUGAGAGUGGACGGCUGUGUGAGAGUGGACGGCUGUGUGAGAGUGGACGGCUGUGUGAGAGUGGACAGCUGUGUGAGAGUGGACAGCUGUGUGAGAGUGGACGGCUGUGUGAGAGUGGACGGCUGUGUGAGAGUGGACAGCUGUGUGAGAGUGGACGGCUGUGUGAGAGUGGACGGCUGUGUGAGAGUGGACGGCUGUGUGAGAGUGGACGGCUGUGUGAGAGUGGACGGCUGUGUGAGAGUGGACGGCUGUGUGAGAGUGGACAGCUGUGUGAGAGAGGACAGCUGUGUGAGAGUGGACGGCUGUGUGAGAGUGGACGGCUGUGUGAGAGUGGACAGCUGUGUGAGAGUGGACAGCUGUGUGAGAGUGGACAGCUGUGUGAGAGUGGACGGCUGUGUGAGAGUGGACAGCUGUGUGAGAGUGGACAGCUGUGUGAGAGUGGACGGCUGUGUGAGAGUGGACGGCUGUGUGAGAGUGGACAGCUGUGUGAGAGAGGACAGCUGUGUGAGAGUGGACGGCUGUGUGAGAGUGGACAGCUGUGUGAGAGUGGACAGCUGUGUGAGAGUGGACGGCUGUGUGAGAGUGGACGGCUGUGUGAGAGUGGACGGCUGUGUGAGCGUGGACAGCUGUGUGAGAGUGGACAGCUGUGUGAGAGUGGACAGCUGUGUGAGAGUGGACAGCUGUAAUGACCCGAGUGUGUCUGAAAACCUGGCAGUAAUGAUGAAGGAGGGCGGCCAUCUUGGUCUUUCUCCCUUCUCCCCGUCUUAA